UUCCAUUUGUCAGAGUUAAUGGGACCCGAGUUAGCUAUAAUCCGUAGGGGUCUACAGCGGCUGAGGCUUAAGAAGGCAGAACAACAGAGACAGCGAGAGCUAGCUGAGGGUUCUGCACCACAGUCCUCCUCUGAUCAGUCAUCCUCUAAGGGCUCCUCACAGGACCCUCAGACAUCAGAUUCUCCUUCUUCUGUGGUUAACAAACAGCUUGGAUCCAUGUCACUUGAUGAGCAACAGGAGAGUGAUAAGCCACGAACAGGAACGAGUGAACCAGUUUUAAGUUUGCACUACAGUACAGAAGGAACAACUACUAGCACAAUAAAAUUGGACUUCACUGAUGAGUGGAGCAGCACAAAUUCAAGCUCCAGAGGGAGUGGAAGUCAUUGCAAAACUGAAGGCCAAGAAGAUUCCUUAAAAACAAAAACAUCAGAAGAGUCAGGACCUGAAGAUGAAGAAACAAGUAAGAUUCAGCAUUACUUCUGUAAUGGAGUUCCUGAUGAAUCUCACAAGGAAGACGCAAGUGCUGAAGAACUGAAAACUACGGAUGAAACUGUAGAGACGACAGAAGCAACUGUAUCCAAUAAACCUGUUACUGAGCAUCCUGGAGUCCAACCAGAAGAAAAUGAUCCCAGUGUUGAGACUGUCUCCAGAACUGCGGAGGAAGAAGCUUCAAGUGAAAAAAGUACAAAUCAAGAAAUUUCAAGUCAGCAAAGUGCUGAAUCCACUGCCAACUUGCUUAGUGCAAGCGAUGAACCUCAGCCACACCCAGAAUCCUCAGGGCUUGCAACUCCAGAAGAUUGUUCUACCAGAACCUCAGCUCUCCAAGAAACUGAUGACAGUGAUGAUGAUCCUGUUCUGAUCCCAGGAGCAAGGUAUCGAGGAGGACCAGGACACAGAUAUAAUAUCAGAGGAACAGCGAUAGGUGAUAGAAUAAUGAGACGAUCCGCUGUUGCCCGCAUUCAGGAGCUCUUCAGAAGGAGGAAAGAAAGGAAAGAAAUGGAAGAGUUGGAGACUUUGAACAUCAGACGUCCUUUAAUAAAGAUGGUUUAUAAAGGUCAUCGGAACUCCCGAACAAUGAUAAAGGAAGCCAAUUUUUGGGGAUCUAACUUUGUCAUGAGUGGUUCAGACUGUGGCCAUAUUUUUAUAUGGGAUCGCCAUACUGCUGAACAUCUCAUGCUGCUGGAAGCUGAUAAUCAUGUGGUAAACUGUCUUCAGCCUCAUCCAUUUGACCCAAUUCUGGCCUCUUCGGGAAUUGACUAUGAUAUAAAAAUCUGGUCACCACUGGAAGAAUCCAGGAUUUUUAACAGGAAACUUGCAGAUGAGGUUAUAACACGUAAUGAGUUAAUGCUGGAAGAAACCAGAAACACUAUCACUGUUCCGGCAUCUUUUAUGUUACGAAUGUUGGCAUCUUUGAAUCACAUAAGAGCAGACCGAUUGGAAGGCGACAGAUCAGAAGGAUCUGGUCAGGAGAAUGAAAAUGAAGAUGAAGAAUAACCGGCAGUUGUGUGCAAGCACCUAGAUGUUAAUGGAAUUUGUACAAGACAUUAAUUAUAUUUUUCCUUACAGAGCUUUAGUGCAAUUCUAAGAUAUUGCUUUUGGAUAACCUAACCUUCUGUUUUUGAAUGACUGUGUGCAUGACUUUGAGAGAGUGUGCAAGUAAAAUAAGCAAAAAUGUUUUUAAAAUGUUUUGCCAUGUAUGAGGGGUGCUAGGAGAUGCAAAGUGCAAUAUUUUCCUUAACCUGCAAAUGUGGGAGCUUGGAUCAAUGUUUUAAAGUAACUUUCAUUAUAGUAAAAACGUUGGUUCAAAUAAAUUUCUAUACCUGCUGUUUGCAUGUUCGUUGCUUUCUAAUUAAAAAGAUUUGGUUGUUUUAA